AUGCGGGUCAUAGUCCGUUUGGCACAAGCAGAAUCAUUUCCCGAAGAGUUACACGAUUUGCAGAAGAAAGGAAGUGUUCGUCAAUCGUCUCCACUAGCUUCGAUUAACCCGAUACUUCUUGACGGAAUAAUGUGCGUCGGUGGACGCCUCAGAAAUGCAGCGAUUUCAAAUCAACGAAAACAUCCCUACAUUCUUUCACAUCGUCACCCGUUCACGGAAGUUAUGGCAGAAUCGUAUCACCGAAAAUGGUUCCAUGCAGGACAGCAGAUGAUGGUUUCUUUGAUUCGAGGCCGGUUCUGGCCAACACGGGCACGAGAUCUGGUCAGGAAGGUUAUUCAUCGAUGCGUGCAGUGCUUCAAGGUUCGUCCAAAAAUUGAGUCCCAAUUGAUGGCCGACCUCCCUCCGGAACGAGUCAACCCUUGCAUCGCUUUCCGGAAAACAGGUGUGGACUAUUGUGGCCCUUUCCAAAUUGUCUACCCCUAUCGAAGAUGUAGGCCAGUCAAAUGUUUUGUGGCAGUUUUCAUAUGUCUGGCUACUAAGGCGAUUCACAUGGAAUUGGUCGGAGAUCUGACAACGCAGGCGUUCAUCGCGGCCCUUAGGCGGUUCGCAGCUCGCCGAAAUAAACCUGAUCUUAUAAUGUGUGACAACGGCAAGAAUUUCGUUGGUGCUCGGAGAGAAUUAGCAGAUCUACAUAAGAUGUUCAAACAGCAGCAAUUCCAAAACGAUGUGAUAAGGGCAGCUUCAGAUGAUUCCAUUGAAUUCAGAUUUAUUCCUGCACGUUCCCCAAACUUUGGCGGACUCUGGGAAUCAGCAGUAAAGAGCUUCAAAAAUUUGUACAAACGUACUAUCGGAAACCACAUUUUGGAACACGAUCACAUGAUUACUGUUCUUACUCAAAUCGAGGCAAUUUUAAACUCCAGACCGUUAACCCCUUUGAGUAACGAUCCGAACGAUUACGAAGCCCUAACACCAGCCCACUUCCUGAUGCAACGUCCUUUGGAAGGAAUCAGAGAACCUGAUCUGGUAGGCAUCCCAGAGAAUCGGUUAUCCGCAUGGCAGCGUGUGCAGAACUACAUGAACACUUUGUGGAAAAAAUGGUCGCAGGAAUAUUUGUCAAAUCUUCAGAACAGAAACAAAUGGACAGAACAGAGGAGAAACCUGACUAAAGGAACCUUGGUUGUACUCAAGGAGGACAACCUCCCACCGUUGAGUUGGGCUCUCGGAAGAAUUGAGGAAGUCCAUCCAGGAGCAGAUGGCAUCGUCAGAGCCGUAACAGUGCGAACGGCUAAUCAAGGACUAUUUAAAAGGGGAAUCUGCAAAAUUUGUGUUUUGCCGAUACGCGACAAUCUUGAAUCACCUUCAGAAGGGGAGAACUAG